AUGUCUGGAAUCUUGCACAAAGCCGAGGAUGCCCUGCAUAUCCACCACCAAGAUAAGAACAAGCCUACCGAGCACGGAGAACAUGCCAAGCAGCCCGAUACUCACGCCGAUAAGCACGCCCAUGGCCACCAUCACCAUGAGAAACCCCAUAUGAGCCAGGAAGAGAGAGAUCGGGCCGAUUUUGAUGCUGCCAGACACUAUGAUCAUGCUUUGAAGAACAGUCACGGUCCUGGUGUUGGAUUUGAGGAAUAA